CAAUCGCUCCCCUCUGCUCGGCCUCAGUGCCUACCUUCGCGCACACACUGCAGGUAGAGCACCCGGGGUCUAGGAGCGCAUACACACCCACACACACCCGUACACACACACACACACAUAUUCACACAUCCCUAUACACUACAAUAUACAAACACACACAUAUACACACCCAUACCCCUUCUCAAAGCUGCCGUGAGAGACCCGUUACUCUGGGCAGGCCCACCACCCUGUGCAUGUCCAAGCUGAAGUGCAGGACCAUCUGGAAAAGCGGGACACAGAGGUGGAUGAUGAUGAUGAUGCCAUGCAGGUUAGUUUUGGGACUCCUGGUCCUGAAUAUGGUUCUGGCUUUUCCCCCAAGAAACCCCAGACAAGCAGACCCAGACAACUACGAUGAUGACCUUGACAAGAUGGACGUCGAAUAUUACGAUGAGCUGACCACGGAAGAACCUGAGAUUGAGAUUAGCACUCUGUCUCCAGAUGAGGACUACAGUCCUGCACAUGGAGCCUCCCUAGAGGAAGAGGAAGAGGAAACAGAAGAGGAACUGGAAAAAGAAAAUGUGGAUAAAACGGAAUUCCCCAUAACGCCUUCACUCUUCCCAUCAGGAUCUGGAGUACCAGGGGUUUUGACGGGACCAGACACUCCAGGAGAGGAAGAGCUGCGUCUGACGCCCACUGAAACCCUUCAUAUCUCUGGAGACUUUUUGGGUUCUGGGUUCAUGCUGAGUUCUGGAGGUUCUGGGGCAUCGGGAGCUUCAGGGAUUUCUGGAGAGAUUCCCGAUGCUAGAGAAUACCAUUCUGGGGAGCUUCUGGGUUCUGGAGGUUCUGGGGGCUUGAUUUCUGGAGGCUCAGCAGAUGUAAGCUCUGGAGAUAUUAGUUCUGAAGGCUCUGUAGACUUUGGUUCAGGAGUCUCUGGAGACCUUGUUUUGGGAGCAAAUUCUGACUUUGCUUCAGGAGUAUCUAGUGGCAUGGUUUCUGGAGUAUCUGGAGACUUUGUUUCUGGGGUAUCUGGAGACUUUGUUUCUGGAGCGUCUGGAGACUUAGUUUCUGGAACAUCUGGAGACUUAGUUUCCGGAACAUCUGGAGACAUAGUUUCCGGAACAUCUGGAGACUUUGUUUCUGGAAUUUCUGGAGACCUUGUUUCUGGAGUCUCUGGAGAUUUUGUCUCUGGAGUCUCUGGAGAUUUUGUCUGUGGAGUAUCUGAAGAUUUUGUGUCUGGAGUCUCUGGAGAUUUUGUGUCUGGAGUCUCUGGAGACCUUGUUUCUGGUGUCUCUGGGGACUUUGUCUCUGGAGCCUCUGGAGAAGUUAUUUCUGGAGCCUCUGGGGACUUUGUCUCUGGAGACUCUGGAGAAGUUAUUUCUGGAGCCUCUGGGGAAGUUAUUUCUGGAGCCUCUGGGGAAGUUAUUUCUGGAGCCUCUGGGGAAGUUAUUUCUGGAGCCUCUGGGGAAGUUAUUUCUGGAGCCUCUGGGGAAGUUAUUUCUGGAGCCUCUGGGGAAGUUAUUUCUGGAGAUACUGAGGAACCUGAUUCUACAGUUUCUGGGGACUCAGGCUCUGGACCCCCUGCGGUAACAUUCAUGCCUGGCAGAGAGGAGGAGUUCUACACUACAGUUACCCCCCUCCCUGAAGAAUUCUCUGGACGGCCUGAGAUAUCGGGGGUACCAGAGUCACCUCCUGUGACUUCAGGGCCUCCUGAGCAAUCUGGGUAUGAUGAAUGGGUAACAAUCCCUACUCAUGAGGAAGAGGAGGAGCUGUCUUUCACCACCCAGACCCCACAUCUGGAGGGGACUGGGAGUACAACAGGUUCAGGGCUACCUAAGAGCCCUGAGCCUGAUGAUGAGAUCAUUGACAUUGACGUACAAGGUAUGUCCACCUGUAUACUGUGUACCUGCCUGGGAGGAUCAGUGUACUGUGAUGACGUGAAGCUGGUGAACGUGCCUCCUCUUCCCAAAGAUACCACUCACUUCUACGCCCGUUACAACAGGAUCACUAAGAUCAACAAAUCAGACUUCGCUAACAUGAACAAACUGAAGCGGAUCGAUCUGACGAGUAACGCCAUCUCGAAGAUCGACGACGACGCUCUGUUCGGCCUGCCCGCUUUAGAGGAGCUGGUAAUCCGAGAAAACAGUCUGGCUCAACUCCCAGCGCUGCCAGCCACCAUGACCCUUGUGGAUGCCAGUCACAAUUAUCUGGGCAGAACCGGCAUCCAGAACGAAGCCUUCAAGGAAAUGACCGGUCUACUUUACCUCUACCUGACAGACAACGGCAUUGACCACAUCCCCAUUCCUUUGCCUGAGAGUCUGCGCUCUCUGCACCUACAGAACAACAACAUCCAGAUAAUACACGAAGAUACGUUCUGCAAACUCAAUGACUUCAGCUACAUGCGGAUGGCGCUGGAGGACAUUCGCCUGGACGGCAACCCCGUCAUCCUCAGCAGAACUCCACAGGCUUAUGUGUGUUUGCCACGUAUUCCUGUCGGAGCCCUUAUUUAAACACACACACACACACACACACACCAAAUCCAUUUAUUUUCCUUUACGGCUGGAGUAAACACUUGUAUGAAUGGCCGUCUUAUACAAGAGGUUUUCUGCAAACACACACACACACACACACACAGAGACAGACACACACUUUCAGCUGGUUGUUCCUCUCAAUAAGGUUUUUUAAACCCCCCCACAUGUGCAAUAAACACACAUCAUUUAACAUGUUUAAGUGUUAAAGAUGACAAAUUAAAAUGAUGUGUGUCUGAAUAUUUAAGAACAAUCAGAUUCCUGAAAUCUGUAAGAGGAAAAAUAAAAAUAAAAUCAGAAAAGUUUUGGAAGGGGAAAAUCUUCUGCUUAAAAACUCAAACCUUUAAU